CGUGCAUUUCAGAUGACUGAAAGGUUAGGGGGGGGCGUCGAUUACGGUCAUGUAUAAGUAACCAGCUGCGAUCCGGCGAACGCGUAUAUUAUAGUCGCGACUAUCUACGGUUUGCAAAUUUAAUUCUGCUUACUGGCACACAUAAAAGUACGUAAAUGAUCUCUCGUCGUUGCUACAAAUUCCACGUCACACAUGAAACAUGUCGCGGCAUCGAGACGUCCGUUCUAUGAAUUACUCAGACGAGUACGAUGGCUACGACGAUGUUUAUGGGCAUUCAAUGGAAGACGAUUAUUGCGUAUCACCUAGUGUGGAGCAGUUUUUAUUUGAUCGAAGCAAACAACAGAAUAUUGCUUCGUUCAUCACAGAGCCAGAUAUAGUGGAGGACAAUGAAGAUAUCGACGAGUCUCUGCCGGCGUCUGACCAAGAGAAGUGUAACCUUUCUGAAUUAGAGAGGGCAAAGUUAGUAUCUUGCUUGGAAACAAUUAGAAAUGUUAUAGGUGACACCGUGUCCGAUUCUAAAUUGAAGGAGAAGAUUAUUCUGUCGAAUUUCGAUGCGAACACAGCGCUUGAUGCCAUUUUGAAGGAAUCGUCGCCGAAACAAGAUUCCGCGGUGAAUAAGAAACGAUUGGAGCGACAUCCAGGUAACAAAUUAUCAGCGAAACCUACGUUGCAAGUUACAACACCGUCUACUGUAAAAGUCGUACCGACCGGCACAAAACCUGUUGUGAAGGGUUUUGACUUAAGCGGCGUAGAAAACACAGACUUACUGAGUCCACGUUGUGAGAGCCCAUCUUCCAAUCGGAAUAGUCCUGAAAUCAAACGCAAAGAUGUACAAAAGGAGAGAAGUACAGCCUCGUCGAAAACGAAUAGUCCGAGAUGCCAGUCACCCGUGUCGGGGCAUGUAACACCAGAAUUGGACUCCAAAGUAAAAUCUAGUGCAUCUAACGAAGAGAAAGUGGACGUCGAGGCGAUAUACAAGAAUAAAAGAGGCGAUGGCAAGGAACAGCUUCACUUGGUAGUCGUGGGACAUGUUGAUGCUGGGAAAAGCACAUUGCUUGGACGAUUGCUCUGCGAUUUGGGUCAAGUGCCACAAAGACUUAUCCAUAAAUAUCAACAAGAGAGCAAGAAGAUAGGAAAGCAGUCAUUUGCCUAUGCUUGGGUACUCGAUGAAACCGGUGAAGAAAGAGAGCGAGGAAUAACGAUGGACAUAGGCCACUCGAAGUUCGAAACAGACACAAAAUGUAUCACUCUCCUAGAUGCACCUGGUCACAAGGAUUUUAUUCCAAAUAUGAUAAGUGGUGCUACGCAAGCGGAUGUAGCUUUGUUGGUAGUCGACGCAACCAGAGGCGAAUUUGAAACUGGAUUCGACAGCGGUGGACAAACGCGCGAACACGCUCUGUUAUUACGCUCUUUAGGAGUAUUGCAACUGGCAGUAGUGGUUAACAAGUUAGAUACUGUCAAUUGGUCUAAAGAUAGAUUCAAUGAGAUAGUGGACAAAAUGAGUGUGUUCCUGAAACAAGCUGGCUUCAAGGAUACCGUCACCUUCGUACCUUGCAGCGGUUUAUCUGGAGAGAACAUUGUAACAAAACCAAAGGAACAGCUCUCUAAUUGGUAUACCGGACCUACUCUAGUCAACAUUAUUGAUAAUUUCAAGUGCCCAGAGCGGCCUUUAAAUAAACCAUUCCGUUUUUCGGUCAAUGACAUAUUUAAAGGCACUGGAUCUGGAUUCUGUGUAUCCGGUCAUGUUGAAACUGGUAUGGUAUCAGUGGGUGACAAGGUUUUAAUACUACCUCAAAAUGAAAUUGCAGUCAUCAAAGGUCUCCAAUCGGAUGAAGUUUCGACGACAAAUGCGUUUGCCGGUGAUCAUGUUGCCCUGACAUUAGCAGGGAUUGAGCAACAAAACGUGGGUAUCGGCGAUAUCAUCUGUAAUCCGCAGAAUCCAGUACCCGUAACAACCUGCUUUCAAGCGCACGUUGUUAUAUUCGCAAUUGCGAAACCGAUCACGAAGGGGCUUCCAGUGGUGAUGCACCAGCAGUCUUUGGUACAGCCGGCGGUUGUUACAAAAUUAAUAGCGCAACUUAAUCGAAGUACCGGUGACGUGAUCAAGAAGAAGCCACGUUGUUUGCCGAAAAAUUCUAGCGCUAUUAUUGAGGUCGCAACGCAAACGCCAGUCUGCAUGGAAUUGUACAAGGAUACUAAACAGCUAGGUAGAGUUAUGUUGCGAUUAGAAGGUACCACCAUUGCAGCUGGUCUAAUUACGAAAAUUUUGUAAUUCUGAUGAGAUCUGAAAGAAGUCUCGAAUAAUGUAACACAAGUUACAUAUACAUAGAUAGAAAAGUUUUACUUUCGUGUGUGCGCGCGUGCACACGUAUGAAAUAUCUAUAAAUCACACAAAACAACAUAUAUAAACUCCAUAGGUUGUUAGUUUACGUACAACAGUGCAGAGAACUUUACACAAUUAUUUAAGACUUUUUUCCUUGAUUAUAAUGUAUCCUAGAGUAUAUUUGUAACUUAUAUCUUGAACAAAUUGUGAAACUCAUUUGGCAUAUUCAAUAAAGAUACGAUUACAUUACUUUUA